CCUUUUCAACCUCCACAAAUUCGGUUCACCAAAGGCUCAUCAGACACUUCGAGAAACUCAACCUUGCCGCCAACCCCCCAAGCAUCUGGGCUAGGCUGGGCUUGUCAACAAACGCUGCUCUGCAUCCGGAGUUCUGACUUAUCCGAGCACUUCCUGGACUGUCUGUUCCGUGUGUUGUCUAGACUCCCCUGCUCUAAUGGGGUUAUUCCCUUGAUCCUUAUUUUUCGGAUAUUUCUUUUUCUUUUGAUUUAUGCUUUUGUGACUGGCGAGGGAAAAGGAGAAGACGCUACUCUUAAAGAUAACACCAAGUAGGCGUAUAGACGCGAGAGAGACAGAAUCACGACUUGGUCUUGCAGAUCGAACAACGAAACAACAACAAGAACCCAACACGUUCUAUAUCUUACGCUACGAAAAGGUGGAUUUCGAGAUUUGAAAAGACACAACAAUACAAAGAAGUCUUGACAGUCAACAUGGGCUCAAUAGCGCCAGAAAGUCCAAUGAAAGUCAUCAUCGUCGGAGCAGGUUUGGGAGGAUGCGCCACCGCCCUGGCGAUGCACAAUGCAGGAUUCGAAGUGGUCGUGUUUGAAAAGGUGCGCGAGUUCUUGAGGCUAGGAGAUUCGUUGGGGUUGGGUGAGAACGCGUUCAAACUGCUCGACCGAUGGUCUCCCUUGUUGAGGGACAGAUUGAUCGAGAUCGGCAACAAGUCUCCCAAUAUGCAAAUCCGACGGUGGCACGACGGGAAGAUUCUGGCCCAGCAACCUCUGAUGGACAUGGCCGGGUAUAUCGGUCAUCGAGGAGAUUACCACAGGGGGUUUUUGGACGCCGUCGCUGAAAAGGGUAUCCCUGUACAUAUGGGUACAGAGGUGUUGGAUUACGACGAUACUGCACCUUCAGUAACUCUGAAGAAUGGAGAGAAGCAUUACGCCGAUAUCGUGAUUGCUGUUGAUGGAAUAAAAUCAAGAGCACGAGAACUGGUUUUGGGAUUCGACGACAAACCAAAGUCAUCCGGGUACGCUUGUUUCCGGGCCUUUUUCAAAGGGGACCAUCUCCGAGGGGACCCCCUGACGGCCGAGUUUGUGGAAAAGGAGUGCGUCAACAUUUGGAUCGGCAAGGACAAACACCUGGUACAAAACACUCUCCGCAACGGUGAAGAGUUCAACUGGAUCAUCACCCACAAGGACACCGAAGACAUCAAAGAGUCGUGGUUCCAACCCGGGGACAUGAACGCCGUCCGUGAGUUGGUGGAGGAUUGUGACCCCCGAGUGGCAGCCAUCGUUCGGAAGACCGAAUCAUGCCUGGACUGGAAGAUUUGUUACCGUGAUCCCAUCCCGACUUGGGUGAGCAAGAAUCACAAAGUCGCCUUGAUUGGGGAUUGUUGUCAUCCCCACUUGCCCACCAGUGCUCAAGGAGCCAGUCAAGCCACCGAGAGUGCCGCAGUGUUGGCCCAGUGUUUGUUGCUCGCCGGGAAGGGUAAUGUUCCAUUGGCGACGAGAGUUUAUGAAAAGAUUCGGUUCCCAAGAGUCCGAAGAGCUCAAACGAAUGGUGAAGACGUCAGAGACAGGUGGCACAACGCUCUGGAUCGUGUCGAAGAUGGCGAAGAGAUUGAUCCUGAUAGUGUCAAAAUCAGGAACGCCGUGUUGUAUGAUUACGACGCCGAAGCGGACACGAGAAAACAAUGGCCUGAAAUGUCAAGAAUCGUGGCCGAGGAAUUAAGAACUGGAAAAAUCACUCCUCUAUGUUGAUGUGUAUGUUUUUGUCGUUUCUUCCUUCAUACAAAGUCACACAGUACCAUAUAUAUAUAUAUAUAGCUCGCGUAACGGUC